UGAGUGUUUGAGUUCAUUGCUGUGUUAAUUUAUAAUUAUUAGUUAUUUUUAAUUUUGAUUAUUGCUACUAUAUUAAUAUAUAUAUUUUUAAUAUAGCACGGAAACAAUUAAUUACUAUGUCGUUUCUAUGAUUUUUAGUUUAUAUUUUAACUGAUCAUACUUAAAAUUAUCCUUUCAAAAUGACAAAUGUAGAUUUUAUUGCAACGUUCCAAAAAUUAACUGUAAAUCCAUUAGAUUAUUUAGAUGUGCAAAGCAAUGUGGCCGAAGAGACAACAAAUUUGUUGAAACAAUUGUAUGAUACUACUAAGAGUAUUGAAACAAUUACUGACAAUGCUAAUGAUGACGCUCUGCCUGAAUUAAUAGUCAAAGAUUUUGAUGAAGAACAAAUAUGGCAAGAACUGGAACUACAAAACUCGGCACGUUUAAAAUUAUUGGCAAAUACUAUUCAGGGAUUUACAGAAAGUGAUUUGAUUUACCUUGAUGAAUCUAAUAGCACACAUACAAAAAAAAAUUUAAAAAUUACAAAGUCAGUAAAUGAUGAAACUAAAAUAAACAAAUUAAAUAAAAAUAAUGCUGAAUUAAACUCAGAUGAAUUUGAAAACUCUGAAGAUUUGGAGACUGAUGAUGAAGACAAUGAUAAUAAUGAAGAUGAUAUAGAAAGUGAAGAUGAAGACGAAGAUGAUAUAGAAAAUGAAGAUGAAGAUAAUAUUUCUGACUUAGAAGAGACGGAACCUUCAACAAAUAAAAAAACAUUUAAAAAGUCAGUAGUCGACGAUGAAUUUUUCAAAUUGUCAGAAAUGGAAAACUUUUUAUUAUCAGAGGAAAAAUUGGAAACUUCCAAAGAAAAAUCAAAACCCUUAGAAGAUGAUGUUGACAUGUUUCAAGACCUACAAUCUGAAAAUGAAGAAGAAGAUAAUUUUGGUCCUAUGUAUCAAGAUUUUUUUGAGAAACAAACAAAUGUAACUAAAAAAUCAACCAAAUCAAAAAAAAAUGUAAGGUUUGAAAUGGAUGAUGAAAAAAGUGAAGAUAAUGAAGAAGAGACAAAUGAACUUAUUGAAAACAAUAACGAACAUUUGUCAACACUAGAAAUGAGAUCAGAGCGGAUUAAUAAACGUAUUGCAAAAUUGGAAGAAGAAGCCAUAUCUGAUAACAAACCUUGGGCCUUGAAGGGUGAAGUCGCUGCUAAAGACCGUCCUCAAAAUUCUCUAUUAGAAGAGGCUGUUGAAUUUGAUGUCUGUACCCGUCCAGCACCAAUUAUUACUGAAGAAACAACAGUAAAAUUGGAAGACAUCAUUCUACAAAGAAUAAAGGACAAAGCAUGGGAUGAUGUAGAGCGAAAAAUAAAACAAACAAAUGCACCUCAUGAAUUUAAAAAACAGUUAGUUUUAAACCAAGAGAAGAGUAAAGAAAGCUUAUCUCAAAUUUAUGAAAAAGAAUUUAUCAAACAAAGAGAAGCAGCCGAUCCAGAAAAUAAAAACAAACCUGAGGAAGAACCUAAAGAACACAAAGAAAUUGAUUUUAUGAUAAAAGAAUUAUUUAGAAAAUUAGAUGCACUUACUAACUAUCAUUAUACUCCUAAACAGGCUAUUCCUGAUUUGAAAAUCGUCAAUAAUUUACCAGCUAUAUCAAUGGAGGAAGUAGCACCUGUUGCUACAACUGAUGCCUCAUUAUUAGCACCAGAAGAAAUACAAAGAAAAUUCAAAGCACCAGUCCUUGGUAAGGAAGAACGUACUAGUACAGAUAAAAAACGUGAACGUCGAAAGAAAAAGCAUUUGCAACACAAGAAACGCAUUACAAAAGAAUCUAAUCUCAAAGAAAUGGAAAAAAACGGGUUUAAACCUAAGCAUAAUAAAGAUAGUGCUCAACAAGAACUGAAACGAUUAACUAGUAGUGGACAUCAAAUUAAAGAAUUAAAAUCUGUGGAUGACAAAAGUAUGAAAUCAUCUAAAGAUUUCUUUUCUAGACUUCAGGAUCAGGCAAGAAAUGAAAUUGAUGGAAAGAAAAGAAUUAUGAAGCAAAGUGAUAGAAAUAAUACUAAAAAAUUUAAAAAGUAAACAACACUGUUUUUUUUUAAUAUUUUUAUAUUAUAUUCCAAUCAUUAUACAGUUUACUUUUUAAAACUUGUAAUAUUUUAUUAAUGAUAGGGGUUUCAUGAAAAAUAAAUUUAAUUUAACAAAAAAAAAAUUAUUAUUUUACAAGUUAAAUUCUUUUAAAGAAAGGUGCUGAUGGUUUGGAUUUUUGGCAACGUCAGGUGACAUAUUUAUAUUAGAACAAGUGGGUACAUAAUUAAAAAUUAUGAUAUUUAUAAUAUAUACAUCAAAAAAAAGUUACAAGUAUGUGUAUCACUUUUUAAUAUCAAUUAGUCUUAAUCAUAACAAUACACUUUAGAAUUUUUUGUUUUAAUCUAGUGAGGUUAUCAUGGGAUCAUAAUACAUAAUUUUGACUAAGCUUUGCCAAUUUUUUCUUUUUCUUUUUCUAAAGUUUUUGCUUUAGCUCUUUCGUACAAUGGUACCAACUUU